UGUAAUGUAUUUUUGUAAUGGCGAGCAUGUUUGGAAGAUUUGUUUUCAAUGCAAAUUUAAGGAAAUCAGUUGAUUUUAGAAGGUUUUCUAGUUUCAAAAGUAAUUAUAGUUUGGAUAAAAUAUAUCCAAAUAGUAAUUUAAAUAUUAGCACAGCACAGGAGAUUCCAAAAAAUGAAGGAGAAAAAUUUUCUGGUUAUAUUCCACUAGAAGAUAUACAAAUAACACAUAGUAGAAGCAGUGGACCUGGAGGACAAAAUGUCAAUAAAGUGAAUAGUAAAGUAGAAGUAAGAUUUCAUUUAUCUUCUGCUCAAUGGAUACCCGAGAAAGGACGAAAGAGAAUGGAAGAAAUGCAUAAAAAUCAGUUAACAAAAGAUGGAUAUUUAAUAAUUAAAUCUGAUAAAACAAGAACUCAAAGCAUAAAUCUAGCAGACUGUUUAGAUAAAUUACGUUGUAUAGUGAGGGAAGCAUGCAAGCCACCACCAGAAGUUUUACCAGAAACAAGUAUGAUGUUAAAAGCUAGGAAAGAAAGACAGGCAAGAGAACGUUUGCGACAGAAAAGGAUGCAUUCUGAAAUAAAGAAUAGCCGAAAAGCAGUUACAGCACAUGAUUUAUGAUUAUAGCCAAGGUAGGGUGUCAUUCUACUAUUCUUGAAGAUGCAGGAUUGAAUUUGGGUAGCUGAAGAAUCCUAGGAAUUUUUCAUACAUAGUCUGUCCCAGAUGUUAAGCUCUGUCUUUCACCAUCUAUCUAUCCAUUUUUACCAUGCCCUCUUAAUAUCCACAGAGUAGAAAGAGAAAAAAAUGGAAAAAAGAAAAGAUUGUAAUCUUUUGUAAUCUGUAAAAAAUUUUCAUGAAUGAUCUGUAAUCUUUUGUAACUUUUUAUUCUAUCAGAAUCAAUGUGAUGAGUAGAAAAAUAGUAUGAUUUGGAAUGAUACCAGUUAUUUAAAAAUUGGUAUAAAAUAAUUUUAAAAUAUAUGAUACAAUUACUGCAAUCAGAUUAUAAACAUAAAUCAGCAUUCUAUGAGUACAGAUUAUAUUACAUAUACACUCAAUAUUCACAAAAUGUCAAUGAAUGUCUACAAUCUACUUAAAUUGUAAAUAGAUUAUUUAUAUAUAUUAUAUAUAAGUAAUCUAAUAAUAACAAAAUUAAUAGCUUGAUGAUAAAUUGUCAAAAACUACAA